CCAUAUGAUUGGAUAAAAAGGACGUGGCCGAUCGUGCGUGCGCGAUGCCAUUGGCUGCCCAUUGUUCAUUCCGAAACGAUGGACCGAUGUGCAGCCGAGGUGGUCAACAUGCUCGACCUGGCAACGUGCGACUACUCGACGCAGUGGUCGGCGGAGGAGAGCGAGAUGCUGGACCUGCUCUGCGCCGAUAGCCCCAAGCCGCACGACGACCGCAAGACGAUCCUCCAGCGCCAUCGGCUCAAGAAGCGCGAGGAACGCGAAGAGCUCAAGCGCGCGGCCGUCGAGCUCGAGGCCAAGCUGCUUCAACUCCAGCAAGCCAAAGUCAAUCCGCUUCUGCCUCCUACAAAGUGGAAGCAGCUCGCAUCCGACGAAGCCCGGCGUGAAGGCGCGGCCAAGAGCGAGAACAAGCAGCUCAAGGAACUCGUGCAGGCGCACAUGGUCACGGCGCAGGCGCUCGCCAACCUCCUCGAGAAGACGCGGGAGCGCACCGGCGCCACGAACGCCCUGGGCAACCCCACCGAGAAGUGGAAGCAGCUCAUCCUUGUGCAGGACCCGAGCCUCCGGACUGCGGCCAUCCAUCACAUGCUCGACCGCGAGCACGCCAAGCUCUUCAGCGCCUUUGUGGAAGCGAGCCUCGUCGACGCUACGGGCGACAUCCAAAAACACAUUGCGAAAUACGGCCACCACGACGCGAUGGAGUUUCACUCGAUUGGCUGCCGACACGUCGACCAACCGCUGCCCGGCGUUUUGCUCGCUUCGCUCGACGUGCUGCGGGGGAGUGUGCCGAUCGCGCAGUUGAACCGGCGCUGCAAGGAGCUCGUGACCAUUGACGCCGACACGACCUAUGUCAUUGGCACGUUUGACCAUCCGCUCGGCGAGUUUCAACGCCGCAUUCUCUGCAAGGUGUACGGCUACGAGGGCGUGCCACGUCACGAGCGCUGCGUCGUGGUCUGCCGCAGCAUCCACGAAGACGAGUUGCUCCCGUACGACCCGUCGACGCCGUAUGCAGUCGAGGUCGCGUGGCUCACGCUCGAAGCCAACAAAACUGGCGGCACGGACGUCAAGUACUUUCAGAAAUUCCGCCCGUCGACGUGGUCGGCGGCAACGCCCGUGAGUUCGCACUGGCUCAGCCAAGUCGACGAGCACUCGAAGAACAUGCGGCACGCUGCCCGCCGAUACAUUGACCAAGUCGCGUCUUCCACCGCCUAAGGUACCAUCGAUGUACGUCACGUCGCCAAGACGCUCAUGUCGUGUCUGCACUCCAGUCGAAUAUUAUCAACAUGUACUAUUUUCACACCA